CGUGAUGCAUUCUGGGAUAGUCAGCCAUAUUGGAUCUAGAAUUUGAAAAGAAGAGGUGGAAUUUAACAUUGUACUUGCAAAAAUGAGCGUAGAUUGUGAAGCGUACUACAAAACAACACCAGUACAGCAAUAUUUUAGUCCAUAUGCUUUAAAUGGAGGCACGGUUCUUGCCAUCUCUGGUGAAGACUUUGCAGUUAUUGCCUCUGAUACAAGGUUAAGUCAAGGCUUUCAAAUUCACACGCGAGACAGUUCCAAGAUAUAUAAUCUAACUCAGUCAACUGUGCUUGGAUGUACUGGAUUCCAUGGAGACUGUCUUACAUUGACCAAACACAUUACAGCUAGGUUGCAGAUGUAUGAACAUGAGCAUGGCAAGAAAAUGAGCUGUCCAGCUAUUGCUCAAAUGCUUUCUACCAUGUUGUACUACAGAAGAUUUUUUCCAUACUACACUUACAAUAUAUUGGCUGGUCUAGAUACUGAAGGUAAAGGCUGUGUAUUUAGCUUUGACCCGGUUGGAUCCUAUGAAAGAGAGAUCUACCGUGCUGGUGGUUCAGCUUCUGCUUUAUUACAACCACUACUUGACAAUCAGAUUGGAUUCAAGAAUCAAGGUGUAGAACCAAAGCCAUUGACCCAAGCAAAAGCUGUAUCCCUGGUUAAAGAUGUGUUUUCAGCUGCAUGUGAAAGGGACAUUUAUACAGGUGAUGCAGUCGUCAUCAGUGUCAUCACUAAAGAUGGCAUCAAGGAAGAGGCUUUCCCAUUAAGAAGAGAUUAGUUUAGGUAAAAACAAGGUUCUCAUAUUUGUUAGUAUUGUGUAUUAUGAUGUAAGGUUUGAAUAAAACAAUAUGUAACAUAGCAAUGACAGUGUACAAUAAAAUGUGUUAAGUUCACCUUGUUGUUAUCCAACAAUAGAGUACCCACAUCGCCAGAAAACAUCUGGAGUGAGUACAAAUAUCCUGACUUUAGGUUAUUUUGUACAGUAAAAACCAGUUUUUGAAGAUGAA